UAAAUGCGGCGGGGUGGUCUGCUUUUAGACUGUUCACUGCCGCGUCCAAGUCCAGUGCGGGGUCUGCAGGAGCCAUGUUACCCAACACCGGGAAGCUCGCAGGAUGUACAGUUUUUAUCACGGGUGCCAGCCGUGGCAUUGGCAAAGCUAUUGCAUUGAAAGCAGCAAAGGAUGGAGCAAAUAUUGUUAUUGCUGCAAAGACCACCCAGUCCCACCCCAAACUCCCAGGCACAAUCUAUACUGCUGCUGAAGAAAUCGAAGCAGUUGGAGGAAAGGCCUUGCCUUGUGUUGUUGAUGUGAGGGAUGAGCAACAAAUCAACAAUGCAGUGGAAAAAGCAGUCGAGAAAUUUGGAGGAAUUGACAUUUUGGUGAACAAUGCCAGUGCUAUUAGCUUGACCAACACGUUGGAAACACCUACAAAGAGAGUGGACUUGAUGAUGAGCGUAAACACCAGAGGCACCUACCUCACAUCUAAAGCAUGUAUUCCUUUUUUAAAAAAGAGUAAAAUUGCUCAUAUCCUCAAUCUCAGCCCACCCCUGAACUUAAAUCCAGUUUGGUUCAAACAGCACUGUGCUUACACCAUUGCUAAAUAUGGUAUGUCUAUGUGUGUACUUGGGAUGGCAGAAGAAUUUAGAGGUGAAAUUGCAGUUAAUGCCUUAUGGCCUAGAACAGCCAUACAUACUGCUGCUAUGGACAUGCUGGGAGGAUCUGGUAUUGAAAGCCAAUGCAGAAAAGUUGAGAUCCUUGCAGAUGCUGCAUAUUCUAUUUUCAAAAAGCCAAAAAGUUUUACUGGCAACUUUGUUAUAGAUGAAAAUAUCUUAAAAGAAGAAGGAAUUAAGAAUUUUGACGUCUAUGCAGUUACACCAGGCCAUCCUUUGUUACCAGAUUUUUUCUUAGAUGAAUAUCCGGAUGUGGUUACAAAGACAAAGGAAUCACAUGAUGCUGUGCCAGAACCAAAGAAGCCAAAAGAACCAAAGGAACUAAAGGAAGAGAAGACGCAGCCACCACCAAAAAUGCAUACUGGAGCUGUGGAAGAAACAUUUCGAAUCGUUAGGGAUUCUCUCAGUGAUGAUGUUGUUAAAGCCACUCAAGCAGUAUAUCAAUUUGAACUCUCAGGUGAAGAUGGUGGCACUUGGUUUCUUGAUCUGAAAACCAAGGGUGGGUAUGUGGGACAUGGAGAGCCCUCAGAUCGGGCAGAUGUAGUGAUGAGUAUGACUACUGAUGAUUUUGUCAAAAUGUUUUCAGGGAAACUAAAGCCAACAAUGGCAUUUAUGUCUGGAAAAUUGAAGAUUAAAGGAAACAUGGCCCUAGCAAUCAAAUUGGAAAAGCUGAUGAAUCAGAUGAAUUCCAGACUGUGAAGGAAAAGAAACAAAAAUAUUGACUAUGCUGAAAAAGUAAAAAAAGCUCAACAGUUAAAAUCUAAUGCUCAUUGUCUUCCUUAUUAUUUUCAAGAAUACACAUGUUCUAGAAAAAAAGUAGAAUUUAUCUAUAAAACUUGACAUAAUUAAAGCAGCUAGCUGAAUCAAACAUA